UCGAAAAGUUCAAAACUUGCAAAGGGGGUCCGAUCGGAUAUGAUGACACGACUCUCCAGAACAUUCCCUUCCGUAAAGCUCCCAAACCCUCACCCCUCCUCAAUUCUAUUACCAUGUUCAACAUCACUACCCAAUAUCAAAUCAGAAGCAAAAUCGAAUUCUCCCUCAAAAUCAAAACCAAAAUCGAGGUCUUGGUCUGUGUAUCUCAUCCUUUCCACCAAUGCACCCAUCAAGACCUACGUUGGUGUCACCACCGAUUUCUCUCGCCGUCUGAAACAACACAAUGGUGAACUAAAAGGUGGGGCAAAGGCAUCCCAUGCUGGAAGACCAUGGAUUUGUGCAUGCCUAAUACAUGGUUUCAAGGACCAAAAUGAAGCAUGUGCAUUUGAAUCAAAAUGGAAAACUUUAUCAAGGAGUUUGCCUCGCAAAAGAAAGGACGAUAACAAGGUAGAGCAAGUAAGUGAUUUGUCGCUUCCUCUACUACAACAUAGGCAAGCAGCUCUAAAUAGAGUUAAAGAUAUAUUUGAUUGUACUCACUUAGAAAUUGACUGGAAACUGAACCCUUUAUAAAGUAUGGAAAAUAAACCCCCAUGUCGAGCACUGAGAACAAUCAAUUGAACUUUAUUCUUGGGAGUAUUACUAAUCUAAAGUUGUUGUAUACUUAUAUGAAGCGCUGUAAUCGCAUACAAUUUGGUCGAAUACUUAAACCAGAUUGUGAUGAUGGGGAAAUUCUUGUCUAGAAGAGGUCUACUAGAAUGUAUUAUUACUCUUUUACUAAAUGAAUCAAGAGAAUGUAUUUAAUUAUUUGUUCAA